CUUGAUGAUUUAAGAAUGGAGGGAGUAACUACCCUGACACCUUCUGGGAGCAAAUUUAACCAAGGUCGAGCUACUUACUCUGCUGAACCUCAGGCCAAAGUCACAUUGAACAUCUGUUCAAGGUGUGCCAGGCUUCAAGGAGAUAACCUGGCAGAAAGGACAGAAGAGACUUCGCAAAGUCUUCAAUCUCCAGAUGAAAUAGUCCCAGAUUCUUUGGAUUCUUUACCUGGGAAUGAAGAAGCGCUAAUGGAAGAGAGUGAAGAAUUUGAGAAAGCAUCUAAAUUAACAGGACCUGGAGAAGCGGUCAGUGGAGGACAGUCAUUGAAAAACUACAUGGAAGAAGAUGACUCUUUAAAGCAACUGCAGGUGGUUCAUCAACCGUGGAUCUUGCCAAGUGACACAGAAAGUGAAGGGGUAGAAGCAGAACAAGAGAAACGUUCUGCUGAUCUUCUGCUUUGCGUUCCGUGCUCUUCUUGCCCUGCACUGGUCUACUCCGGUCUGUGAAGCAGGCAGAAGAAGUUACAAGUGGUCCUUAAAGAAAUGGCAAUUAAUCAAAUCCUUAUGUAUAGUUCUAAUUUUAUUUACUAUGUGUAAUCAUUUAGAGAAUGAUUAUUUUUAUAAUAUCAAUAAUAAACAAGUACUCUUGUAACCAGGGGGUGCCUAAGUGUGUAAUCAACAAAACACUAACCCUGGCAAAGGAUUCUGGGGUGGUCAGGCUGCCUGCUGCCUUUUGACAUGGUUAGUGUCCUGGGUUUAGAUUACUUUAUACCUAGUUAUUAAGAUUACUAUUUGAUACAUUAAAUAUUGCCUGAUUCAAAUAACUUUGCUUAAAAUUUUUCUGUAUUUUAACUUGUCUAGGGUUUUCUACUUCUUAUAUUUUUAUAAUGUUUCUCAUUUUUUAGAUUAAUAAACAUACUUAUCCACACGUGCCAAGAUAAGCCAUUUAGGUCUCUACGGGAGUUAGCUAUUGUGUCAUCACCUGCCAUAUGUGUUUUUGUGCAGCAGCAAGAGGUGUGUUCACCACCACUGCCCCUUCCUCUGAUUAUCCUCCCUACUCCUACCAAAACAAAUAAUUGAUAUCUUAAUUCCAUAAAGUAAAUCAAUAAGGAAUGAAAUGCAUGGCCCAAAGCAUAUGCAAUGAAAAUUGUUUGACCAUUUAUCCAAUCGUUGAACCCAAUUAAGAUUAUCCAUUUUAAAUUUGAUAUCUGCCCGCUUUUGGAAUGUGUUAUGCAUUGAUGCUACUAAGUGAAUGGAACUAAGUACAUUUUAUUUAGCUUAUC